UCCCACGGAAACGUUCACCGUUGUUACAUGUUAAUAAAUAACAAAUUUUCUCAUUUUUGUAUUGCUAAAUAAUCUCAGGCUCUCAGCGUACAAUUUGUUUCGAAGAUGGCCAAAGUUUUAUAUGUCCUGUUUUUGUCGAUGAUCUGCAUUGGUCGCUGGUGCCAAGCACAGGAUAAUACAGCAUGCCAAGUCGACAUUGACACAAAAUUCAAAGCCUGCAAUGAACUCAUCGAGGAUCAAACGGUCACCAUCCAGACGCCGUUGAUGGAUGCGCUGACUUAUGGAAACUUUACCAACCUCGGUGAAAUUGUUCGAGUGGUCUGCGCCGGGUUUACCCAAGCAUCGGCUUGCCUGGACGUCCAUUCCACACAGUGCCCCUCAGACUAUUCCAACUUCUUCCAGACUUUCGUCAAAGCCUACAAAAUCUGUGCUGCCGACGACAUCACCAAAUAUUUCAAGGAUUUCUUCGAGUGCAACCAUAAAGCCGGUAUCUACGCCCACGCGGCCAACGUCAGCGCCGAAGUCCAGCUUGAGAAACUGGGAAAUAUAACGGCUAGCACGGGCAGCCAGCUCAUGGAUACCAAUUGCCAGUUUCUUCGCAAAAUGCGCAAACGAGUUUCCGACGCGGAGCUGCUGGCGAAAUGUGGUGCCGAUGAUCAGCAAGGUCUGGCCAAACUGUAUGGACAACUGACCGAAGCGUUCGGGUGCAAUUCCGCGACAGCACAACGAGGCUUUUUAUCGUUUCUGUUGCUAGCGUUAUUUGUCAGCUUACUUUCUAUUUUCCGCAACAGUUAACUAUUCUUAUAAAAAGUCUGAAAUCUUUUCUACAUAUGAAAAAAAGGUUGGUUAAACCAUGGCGAACUUUCUAUCACUCCAGUCAGCGGAAUAUGUCGUAUAGAACAGAAUAAAUUGUUAUCGUAAAAACAUGCUCUUCGGUGACGGCAAA